AUGAGUUCCGCGUUCAUCUCGCAGGCAGCGUACGCCCGGAACAACGGCUGGGAGACCCACAGAGAGCGCAUCACCGAGCUUUAUUGCAAAAAUGGUAUGCCAUUGAAGAAAGUCAUGCAUAGCAUGAAGGAGGAUUAUUCCUUCGUCGCAAAUGAACGUAUGUACAAGACACGGAUCAAAAGGUGGCGACUGAAGAAGAACAUCAGAGCGGACGAGGUAGCUAAAACGGUCCACUCUGGUCUUGCUCCUCGCCCGAACGGCAAAGCGUCUUUGCCAAUGGUCCAAUAUCGACAUAUGACAUGGUCAGACGUGGAGAAGGAACUCAAACGCAACCCCAACAUUGUAGCCAAAUUGGACAGUGGCUGCAUACUCCAGAUUGCACAUAUCGACGGAGACAUUGUUCAAACGCCUCCGAUUCCUCUUACCCGCGUCUGGCCAGCAAUAUCUCCUGCGAUCUCGCUCGAUGGCGCCGCAGAAGCACGUAUCCCAGAUGAGAUACUCCGCCUGACGCGCGACUACUGCAUUGGCGCUGUGGAAAGCGGGACAUGGCGCCAACGCCCAUCUGGACAAGGCAAUUACGAGUCAAGCCGCGGUGGGGUCACAGCCUACAAACGCCUACAACACUGGGGUGAAAAGAUGAAACUCGCGAGGCAUUUGAUAGGCAGUACCGAGCUGGACAGAGGGUUUCGGUUGCUCAACUUCCUACUGGACAAACUCUCAUCCCUGUUAAAGGACGAAGAUCCUUCUCUUCUGCUUCACCUCGUCCAAAUCCUGUGCAUCUUGCGCUCUGUCCCAGUUGACUUGCGGGAUAUUUUGUACAGACACUUUCAAGCAUUGACUCGUGCGACAUGGAAGCAAAAGCAUCCCUUAAUCCUCCUCGUGGAUAAAUUGGUCACCCUAAUGCAACUCAGCCCACCUUAUAUGACUACUGCGUUACCUCUCCGAUGGAUGUCAGACAGUCUCGAUCCAUGCUACGACACCAAACUUUUCUAUUUGAACUAUGUCAGCGGCUUGUGGACCCCCCCUCCAGAACAAAUGAUUCAUGAGGGCAGCAUUCUUCGUCAGGUUGUAUUGAGGUUUCAAGCCAAUUUGGACCCUCAUCGUUCGAUAUUUUACUUCAAUCAUCUUACUGUUGCGCUUGGUAUGAUGAUCGAGCGAGAGAGGCUCUGGCAGGCCAGUCAUGUGGUCGAUGCCGUUGUCCACCGCAUCAACACAACAAAUAAUGGGACGCACAUCAAAAUUCUUGCUGAGUGGUUCCAGCUUUUCAACCGUGUCAGGAUCCUAGGCGCCAUGGGUCGCGGUGAUCAGGCGCUUUCAGUGGCAUGGCAGUUGUAUGAGUAUAGCGAGUCAAUCUAUGGACACUACCAUCGAUUGACUCUAGAAGCCUUGGAGUUGUACUGGGAUAGCAAAGCCGAGAACAAGCAGAGGGAGCCUACCGAUGAGCUCCAUCAAAAUUGGAACGGUAUCGUGGAAAGGCUGGUAGAGUUGGCACUCGAUGAUGAAUGA